GGAAUCGACAGCGACGAUCAAUCCGUCGUGACGACGUAGCGUUUCGUAAUCCAAGGUGGACAGUGAUUCGCGACCUACCGGAACGUCCUCCGUAACAACUGGAUACCGCUCUCUCGCGUUUGUUUCAAGGGGAGAGGUGGAGGCGCCUCUCUCUCGUUGCCACGAGCCAUCAUGUCGAUACGAAGGAACGCCUGGUGACACAAAGAGGACAAAGAGAAGAAGAAAGGACAACGAGAGAGUUUAAUAUGCCUUAUUGCAUGUGAGGGUGGUGGUUCUCUCGACUUUCCUUAAAGAAGAGAGGACCUCGCGACGGCGAGAUAAACCGUCGAGAAGACAUUAGGGACAGGGAGAAAGGACGGAUCGAUCGAAGCAAGAAGAUUGGAGUAACGAGAGACUGAACGCGUACGAGUAAGUGUCGUUGCGCGCGCGAGGAGGGAUGCAUACGAAGGGGGAGAGGGGAAAAGCGACGGACUUCAGCAUCGCGGCCAUCAUGGCGCCCAGGGGUCCGUCCUUCGGGCAUUACCACCUGCAGGGCAUCGGCAACGCUGCUACCACCGCUAAUACCAGCCUAGAAUGCCCAGCCGGAUUUGUUGCUGAGUCGACGUUGGAUCAUUCAGGUGUUCAACAGUCACCAGUGAACAUCGUAGCGACAGCGACCGUAGUGACGGAAGAAGCCCUUUUGGGCGAUGAGGAGACUGAGAACUGCGAGGGCGAGAGCGAGAGUACCGAGAAGUCCGCGAAUGAGGAAGAUGAAGAGGUGGACGUAGAUGUGGAGGAGUGUAGCAGCGUCGACGAUGGGCCAGUCCACGAAGUGACCGAAGACCCUGCCGAGGCCGGCACGCCCUCGCGAAGAAGCAGCGCGGAAAGUAGCAGCAACGCGGACGAGAGGAAACAACGUCUGAGGACCAGCUGCAAUUCCGACGAGCUGCGUGAUGUCGAGUGCCACCUCGAGACCAAGGAUCUCUGGGACAAGUUCAACGACCUCGGCACGGAGAUGAUCAUCACGAAGACCGGCCGACGGAUGUUUCCGACGUGUCGGGUAUCUUUUACCGGGCUCAAGUCCGAGGGCCGUUAUGCAGUAUUAAUGGACAUCGUGCCGGUCGACAACAAGAGGUAUCGAUACGCCUAUCAUCGGAGUUGUUGGCUCGAGGCUGGUAAAGCGGAUCCGCCGGCGCCCGUGCGACUUUACGUUCAUCCCGACUCACCCUUCACCGGUGAGCAACUGCGGAAACAGGUCGUCUCCUUCGAGAAAGUCAAGCUGACAAAUAACGACAUGGAUAAGCACGGUCAGAUUGUACUGAACUCGAUGCACAGGUAUCAGCCGAGGAUACAUUUGAUUCGUUGUCGACACACCGAUGACAGCAACUUGCACAUCACCGAUCUUCAAAAGGAAGAGUAUAAGACGUUUAUCUUUCCGGAGGCCAUUUUCACCGCUGUCACGGCAUAUCAGAAUCAGCUGAUAACGAGAUUGAAGAUCGAUAGUAAUCCGUUCGCCAAGGGUUUUAGAGACUCAUCGAGACUCACAGACUUCGAUCGAGAUCCUAUGGAAAUUAUGGAACAGCAACUGAUGAGAUGCGGCGUACCCCCGGUAAGAAUCUACGAACACCUUGCUAUGUCGUCGCAGGUGGUGGCCGCAACGUUGGGUGCUCAGCAGCAACAGCCGCAGCAGCAACAUCAUCAGCCACCAUCCGCGCAACAGCAGCAACAGCAUGAGAGCAGCGGACAUGCGUUAUCGUCCUGGCUGGCGCCAGUAUCAACACCGCUCUUAUACGGUAGGGGUGCAGCCAGUUCUCCAUCACUCUACUCCAACGCAGCUAUUACUGCCACCCCCAGUUUCCCAUAUUCGCCGCUGGCGUGGCCCUGGCAACCACCCACCGUCGCGAUGAUCUCGCGACGGUCCCCCACCAACCUGAGGUACGCGCCCUAUCCCACACGGGUCAGCUCACCCUCGGGGAUACGGACACGCCCGCCCUCCCCUAAUUAGCGAUCCCCGCUGGCGCUGGCGACUCGACGACUGCGGCAUCAUCCCUCUUCCCUCUCUCUGUGAUUAUGGAACAUUGACAUCGGAACUGAAAUCGAAAUUGUCCUGACACGUUUUUAUUUCGUCAGGAGCGCGAUGGCGCGUGUACCAUUGUACGCGUGUAUCAUUGUCGACAGAUCUGAUCACGGAUGGCAAUAUAGAGUAAGUGACAUCUCGUUGCGUUGUUAUUACAGUGAUAAACAAAUAUGGGAUUCGGGAUAAAAGUGAUUAUUAACUGUAAAUUAGAAUAAUAUUGAAUUGUGCAAUUGGAGCAAAAACACUGGAUGUAGCUUUAUUGUAUGAUACGAUUACAUG